AUGGAAAUUGAAGCCGCCGUGGCCCGUGUUCAGACUGACGAGAGUGACGAGGUAGACGAGCACCUUAACCACGCACCCGCUCUCGAACAUGGCAGACAGAACCGAGGCGCAUACCUGAGCAGCGCCCUAUCGAGAGCUUAUCAGUGGCGCUCCCAGGCCGCAGUGCGCCCCGUCCUGUCGUCGCCGCCCCUCCAGCCUCGUGGCUGUGGCCGAUCGCUAAUCGCCGCGCUGGACUCUCGCGCACUGCGUCUCGAGACGUCCUCACCCUCAGCCGCCAUGCCUGCGCUGCUGGUCAAUACAGAUCUGCGGCCGGCUUCUUCGAGCGACAUCUCGUCGACCUCUGGCGCCUCGCAGAAGCGCUCAGAGUCGCCCACCUCAGACCGGCCGCCCGUUUCACCCAUCACACCCACCGGUACUGUCGCCCAGCUAGCUCCCAUCGAGCGCUCCGACUCUCGGCCCCGCAAUGAACCCCCACCACGACCUGUGCCUGCGCCUACGACAUUCAGACAGCAACCGCCCUCGGUGCCUAUCUCAGAGAGCGAGAACCCAGAUGCCAUAGCGCUACGGUCUGCGAUAUCACUCCUGCAGAUACAGCGAGAGAAGAGCAAGCGCGACCUGAAGGCUCUAGAAGAACUCAAGCAUGCUGCAGUGCAGGACCCAGAAAGCUUCAUGCGCUCCCUGCAAGAACAGCGAGUCGAAGCAGCACGAGCGCACAGUGAUGUCCUCACGCCCACGCUUGCUGGUCUCACAGAUCUAGCUGAGAGGCACGACGACGACACAACCGCCAGCCAGCCAUAUGGAGCGGGGCGCAAGGAUUCUGCGAACGUAGACUCCAAGGCAGCACCCAGGUUUCCUGCGAUACCGCAACCGCAAAACAUAGUUCGAUGCCCGCCUAUCGAGUGGACGAAAUAUCACAUCGUUGGAGAGCCUCUCAACAAGAUGCAUGAAGAGCAGAAGAAGUGGCCAGGGUCCAGCGAACCCCCAAAGUUAGCAAACGGACAUCGUGCCCCACCACAUUCAGUCACUGCGCCAUACUCGCCCUUCAAGGAUGCAGUUAGCAAAUCCAAGUCACCCUCGACCGGGCCUCCGAGUAAGACGAAGAAGAUGCCAUCAUAA